AGGCAACACGACUGUGGGGCUCAGUCACUGGAUUGAGGACGUUGCACACUCAGACUGCAAGUGUUUCACCCGUUCUUGGCUGCUGACUAAUUUAGCGUGUUAUUUUGAACAACAACAACAAAAAACAGAAUGGAAGGGUCCAUUUGCAACAUCCAGGUGCUUCUUCGUGCUGCUGAAUUUUUGGAGAGGAGAGAGCGAGAGGCGGAACAUGGCUAUGCUUCACUUCUGCCUCCUAGUUUGACUCAGUCUGAUAAGAGAAGCAAACAGAAGAGCAAGAAGCUAUCUGCUUGUGGCAAUAGGUCCGUGCACAACGAGCUAGAGAAAAACAGACGAGCACAACUGAGGCAGUGCCUAGAGCAGCUCAAGAAGCAAGUUCCUCUGUCAUCGGACUCGAUGAGGAACACCACACUCAACCUGCUUAGGCGAGCCCAGCUGCACAUCAAGAAGCUGCAGGAGCAGGAUGAGCGUGCAGAGCAGUUGAAGGGCCGUCUGCGCUGGGAGCAGAGGGAGCUUCAGGUGCGUCUUGAGCAGCUGCAGCGAAGUGCUGAGCGCAUGAGGAAUGACAGCCAGGGCUCCACCAUGUCAUCUGAGAGGUCGGACUCAGACAGAGAGGAUGUCGAGGUGGACGUGGAGAGCAUCGUGUUCGACUGCAUGGACUCUGAAGAGCCUUACAUUGAAUGCAGCGCUGUCGAUCACUGUUACUCCACUAUGGACAAAGCCUGGCUAUGACAGCAGCUACUAUCAUUCUCAUCGUCAUCAUGGUGGAGAGGAGGGGGAGUGAACAUUCCAAAAAUGAGCUAGGUGAGGACAAUGAUACUGCACAAGUGAACAACCCCCUUUUUUUUUAAAAACAGAGGCAGUUUAUCAAUCUUGUUUGAAUGUUACACCACAAGCGUAAUCAUGAUUUCGGUUAUGAAUGAGCUGCGUCUGUUUGCACUGAAGAGCAGUUUACAUCACUGGGCUCGGAUGGCUCUGUCAAACAUAUCCAAUGCCACAAAGACACAUUCAUUGUAGGGAGAAAAAAAAAUCCUCCACACAAGUAAGUGAGAUUUUUCUUGGCUUCACUAUGCCGACACUGACUUCAGCCUUAAAAUCGAUUUCCCAUCUUUAUUUUAAAUCAAGCUAAGCAUUACAAUAUAUCUCAGUAAGGCCACGUGUGGCCUGCACUUGAACAUUAAUCUUUGCUAUGUUUUAUUGACUGUCGUUUCACGUUUUCUUUUGUUGCACAUAAGCAUCCUCGUAUUGCACUUGUCUUGUCUUCUAAGAGUUGCGAGUAUAUCGGAAGUGAAAACACAGGCAACAGAAUGAUUUAGUGGUCAUUGUUGCACAAUUAUGUGACUGUGCCUGAGAUUCAUUUGGUGUAUUUGCACACUCUAGUUCUGUUAUGACGUGUGAGAGUUUUGAUGCCUGGUGGAUGAAAAUCAAUUCUUGCACAGCCAUGGUUCUUCUUGAUCACUCUUAACAACUUUAGGUAAUGAUUUUGCUGUACUACAUGUAUUAUUUUGCUCUGUAUUUAAUAACUGAAGGCACAUUUCGUCCUCACCUUUUGGAUAUGCAAAAUGCCUUAUUACCUUUUUACUGCUGUUUUAUGUAUGCAUUCAGACUCCCUCCGCCCAGUAAUAUCAUGUAGCAAUGAUUUGUAAUGGUGUAAGCUUUUUAUGAAUAAAUAUUUUCUAUAUUUAA